AAUUUAAAGUUUGGUUCUUGCCUAGUUCCAGUCAAAGUAUCAAGAUGUCCCCUAAUAUCUCUGACAAUGUCUUUCUCAACACGGAAGAAGAUCUACCAUCAUCCUCUACCACAACAACAGGAGGAUAUGGCACUGGUUCGAUCAGUGUCAAACGCGGGAAUACGAAUAUAUUCAAGUCGAAUCUUAGUACCCCUGUAUUGAAUACCAUGGUGUUCAACGUGGCGAAGAAUGCAACACUAUGUUGGCUCCCCCAUCCCGUCACAGCUUAUAAGAAUGCAAAGUACGUCCAACGACAAGAGGUGCACAUGGCGGACGAUUCUGCGUCUAUCAUUUUACUGGACUGGUUCACGAGUGGCCGAAUGAGGCGUGGGGAGCAUUGGGCUUUCGACACAAUGAGCUCAUUCAAUGAGCUACGACAAGGACCUAGAAGACGCCUUGUUAUGCGGGAGUGCCUCGCCUUGGAAAACAACGAAGAUCUCGGUCUUCCUAGUGUGGCCGACCGGAUGGGUGCCUUCGCAUGCUAUGGUGUGCUUCUGCUGUUGGGCCCCAACGCCCAGACAAUCAUCACCAGCUUCAACACCGCAUGCGCACCCGAAGACAAUGAGGUUGCAAAGCCUGGAAAGCCACCCAUGAUCUCUCCCACGAUGCUCUUAAGCGUGACCCCGUGGGGCAAGGACGGUGCUAUCGUACGCAUCGCGUCUGAGACCUCCGCUGAAGCCCAGGCUGUGCUACAGAAGUACCUGGCGCCGGGUGUGCAGGAGUUUGCUGGAGACUUCCCGUGGAAGCUGAGUGGCUGAAUAUGCAUUGCAGUGUAUAUUCCCUUUGUUAGUAUCUAUUACAGGCUGUUCGAGCGUUUGCCGGGAGUCUACAGUUGAGGGUCAAUGCGUGUGGUGUGUCGUUGCUGUUUACUAUGGCUUUGUAGCAUGCGUAUCCAAGCGCAUGGCGUCGUAGACCUGAAACUAUGUACGCGAUGCGGCACAGCUCCGGCACCGGGUUUGAAAGGGCAAUAUACCUUUAUCAAUGAAUUGCUGUGUGGGUGACAACCAUGCUGGAGAGUGUCCGCGGAGAACAAAAUGCCGAGUAUCCACACAGAUCGUGCGCCUUGCCCUUGCUUGUCCAGGGUUGACAAACUUCUGUGUUGAGAUGAGCUUAUGACCGGUACUAAUUACAUGUGAAUUGAAUGUCACAUGUAGGAUAAGUAGGAUCAUAUGCAGGAUGUGUGGGAUCUGAAGAUUUAGAAGCACAUCACUGUCUGAUCGGCAACUGCAUUAUCGAAUCGAUCGGCAUGUGUUGUUUUGUAUCUCACAGACAGGGCAGACGGUUUGUGACUGAAGUGAUGCGCUCUGUGGCUACUUGAUAAGCCUACUGGCUUACGACCGGUACAAAAUCAUACAUGUCAUUAGUGCAUCGGUAGACGAUCCUGGGUCACAAACUACUGGGUGUCGCGUACUUGAAGUCAUUUGAUGGAACGCCACAGCUGAAAUCGGCCGUCCAGGAUAAAGGAGCAGAUCGAUGCUUUGGGGAUAUCAAGCCAUUCUGCACCACAGUAUCAGGUCACACUGUUUGACUAGUCUCGCCAUUGUCGACAUGCAGGGGCUGCAGCAUCAUAUUGCAUGCAAUUAUGGCCUACGCUGGAUGUGGUUAACAGGUGGGAGAUGUCGACGUGUAGUUAAUUGAUGGGGUUGUUACGAGCAUGAUGUGUGGCUGUAAGCGCGCAAAUUAUGAACACGAGUAUAUGGAAUAUUUAGGCUAAGCACAAAUACGGCUGAGAAGUCGGCGAGCUUAUCUUCGUGAUGAAGUCAAAUAGAAAUAAACAGG